GGAGAAUUGGGUUUGCUAAAUCACUCAUUGAUUGACACUAGAGUUGUGCUUAAAUGGUGCUGCAUCUCUCUUCGAAAUUGACCAUCUUGCGCUCGUCUAUCACUAUCACUACAUCUGACCCUCACUGUCGCUGUCUGUGAUCAUCAAUGGCUCCGCUCAGUUCCCCGCAAGAUCUCGGCUUGGGUGCCAUCCUCGCCAGAGCCCUCUCUUCUCCAACACUGUCUCCUCCUCCAACUCUGGUGGCUCGGCAAAACACAGAGACUGUCACUGUUACUUCGUCCGGCGAUAAUGGCAACAGUGCCCAAACAUUGAGCGGAGGCGCAAUUGCCGGCAUCGUCAUUGGUUCGAUUGCUGGCUUUCUUCUUCUUCUCUGGGUUGUUCGAUCGUGUCUCAAUUUAGGCGCGCCACCUCAAGAACGGGAGAAGUGGUAUCACUACAAGGAAGAGCCUCGACGACAUUCACAUCAUCAUCGCUCUCGAAGCAGACGAUCGCAUCGAUCAAGCAUCUCUGCACCUCCCCCAAUUGUUGUUAGAGACUCAAGAUCUCGAAGCCAUCGCCGUGGCCGAUCGCCUGGAUAUUAUGGAACUGAUCGCGGCACACGGUAUUACGUAUAAGUGCUGCGCGACCGACACGACAACAAGCGUUUGCGACAGAGCAACCUUCGCUUUGAUACCUCGUGAUGCUUUUGCAAUGCAUCAAUUCAAUUGAUCAAAAUCGGUCCGAUAAACGGACAGGAGUUACGGCGUAUGGAUAUAAUUAGCACGUCAUGCAACAUCACGGCUUAUGAGAUGAAAUCAUGAAUCACGUCACGACAGAGAAAGAAAUGCAUGUAUACGAAGGCAUUGGAUACACGCGAGUACUUUGAUACCAUCUCUUGUUAUGUAUCAUUGUUAUGAAAGCUCGAAUUUCCUAAUUAAUGUUCAAUUACACAUAAUGAUGGCCCCAACCACGUCCAAACCUUCCAUGCGCAACACAAGGCAUUGUUUGUCGUAUCACCUCGCACGUGCAAUCAUGCAAUUAAGCUUAAUUGAUAACGUGGCGCUCGUGUCACCUCGUCGACGUCAUACUCGGGUGAAGCCGUCUACGUCAAACUGACA